CACACAGUUAAUCAUACAUUAACCGCACCACUGUUGGUGGAUCCAUGUGGGCUACUUUCUAGUCGGGCUCCAAUCUCAGCCAAGCUGGUCGCCAACAUGCUGUCUGUAGCCGGAGCAGACCACAUCAUCACUAUGGACCUUCAUGCAUCUCAAAUUCAGGGGUUCUUUGACAUCCCAGUUGAUAACUUGUACGCUGAGCCGGCAGUCCUCAAAUGGAUAAAAGAAAACAUCAAUGAAUGGAAGAACUGCACCAUUGUUUCUCCUGAUGCUGGUGGAGCCAAGAGGUGUGGAGGAGUGACAUCCAUCGCAGACCGACUGAAUGUGGACUUUGCCUUAAUCCAUAAGGAGCGGAAGAAGGCCAACGAGGUGGAUCGUAUGGUGCUGGUUGGGGACGUGAAAGACAGAGUGGCAAUUUUAGUCGAUGACAUGGCAGACACGUGUGGGACAGUAUGUCACGCGGCUGACAAAUUGGUGUCUGCGGGAGCCACUAAAGUAUACGCCAUCUUGACCCAUGGUAUCUUCUCCGGUCCAGCCAUUUCUCGGAUCAACAAUGCCAACUUCGAGGCAGUUGUGGUCACCAACACAAUUCCACAGGAGGACAAAAUCAAACACUGCAACAAGAUUCAGGUGAUCGACAUUUCUAUGAUCCUGGCUGAAGCCAUUAGGCGAACACAUAAUGGGGAGUCAGUUUCAUACUUGUUUAGUCAUGUCCCCUUAUAACACACACACACACAUCAUGUCUUCACACACGCCAUCACUGUGUACAAACUCAUAUGAUGGCGAACCAUUGCUGGCUCUGUUAAGCCAUGUUCCUUUGUAAGAGUUCCAUACAUGCACCAUUUAACUGAAGACAUAUUCUGGACAGUGAAUGAAAAGAACGAAAGCCCUUUGUGCUACACACAGCUCCCUCUUUCUGCUGCAUGCGCAGGGUAUUGUGAUCUGUAACAACUCCUAAAAUCUUGAUUUCCAUUCACUCUCCACUCACUGUAUUUCACCCGUCACUAGGGUAUAUAAAUGUUACCUGCAUGUUAGACUGAAGAUCCACUUGAACGUUGCUGUCUGUUAUUUCUGCUUUAGAAACAAUUACAUGACAAUGAUAGAUGACAGCCCCUGUUUAUAAUGAAAGAUCUAAUACUGGAUUUUAUUGCUUUCAAGUUUGUUGUGAAACUUAAAGGUACGAUAGAUGUUUAUGACUUUUGUAACAUUAGUUUUGUUAUAGAAUCUAAUUACUAACACACGGCUAGAUUGAAAUAGAAUAUGGGUUAAUCCCCCUUUAGAUUGCCAUUGUUAUGGCAGCUGGAUUUUUUUCUUCUGUUUCUCUUCUCAGGUUGCAGUUUUAGGUUGAUUUUUGUUCCUCAUAACUUUAUUAAUUUUCAUCUCUUCAGGGUCUUUUGACAGGGUGGAAGCCAAGAUCUGAGUAGAAAAAAUUAGGUCAUUUUUUUUUUUUAAGUUGUGAUAAAAUGUUUAGUUCAUGUUUACAGUUAGGCAGCAUUUUUGACUGCUUGAACACAGAUCUGUGAAGUGCCCUUUAGAUUUGACUGAACACACAUACACUUAAGUCCUGAUUAAGUGGCUACUGUGGAAUUGGCCCAAACAAUCAGCCUGUUGAACUAUAUUUUUUUGUUGUUUCUUGCUUAUCUGUGUGAGUCCGUGUGUUUGGUCUUGGAGUAUGUUUCUUUUUCAUGCUACUUAAGCGAGAUCAGAGAUAAUACACAUAACUAUCCUACAGCUUACACUGGAGCAGUAAGUGAGAUGACAGAGCAUGAUUUGAUAGGUCUAUGCCGUUUGCCUUAACGAAGGAGAAAAUACUGAUUGUAUCUUGUCUGAAUGAGUAAAAUAUUUCAUUGUAUAAACUG